AUGUGUGAGAGUCAGACCCCCAAUGCCCCCCCGCGGUCUGCACUCGUGCUGUAUGGCUCCGAGACGGGAAAUGCCCAGGAGGUGGCCGAAGAGCUGGGCGCUAUGGUGGAGCGCCUGCAUUUCACCACCCAUGUGGCGGAAUUGAACCAGUUUAAGCCGGAGUCGCUAGAUCGGUUCACGAUCACGAUCUUCGCCGUGUCGACAACAGGCCAGGGAGACCUUCCGGCGAAUGCACGCGCGUUUUGGAGAUCGUUGCUGCUGAAGAGGCUUCCGCCGACGUUUUUGAGCGGGGUUCAUUUCGCGUCGUUUGGGCUGGGUGAUACUUCUUAUCCUAAGUUCAAUUGGGCGGCGCGCAAACUGCACAAACGGUUACUCCAGCUGGGGGCAAACGAAAUCUAUCCUGGUGGGGAAGCUGAUCAGCAGCAUCCAGAAGGGUUCCAUCCGAUCCCGGACGACGUCCAGUUACCGCCCAAGUGGGUUCUACGAAUAGAAGAAGAAGACCAUGCAACACCUGGGACACAGAGCGUCCCCGAUACACACCAACACACCCCCAAAUCAGGCGAGCGGCCUCGACUGGACCACGACAUCCGGCCUAUUCCCGAUACGUUAACCGCGACGUUAACGCAGAACAAGCGGGUCACACCGUCACAGCACUGGCAGGAUGUGCGACAUCUCUGUCUCACGGUCCCCGACGAGGUAUCCUACGUCCCCGGCGAUGUGAUCGCCAUCACACCGAAGAAUUUCGCCGACGACGUCGAGGCCAUGAUCAAGAUGAUGGGCUGGGAAGAACAAGCCGAUCAGCUCGUCUCGCUCGCGCCCAACGUCUUCCAAGCACAUGUAGACGAGUUGCACGGGCCGCCCAUCGCGGGCCUCGCAUCCUACCCGCGGCUAACGCUACGGGCCCUAAUCAUGGAUUACCUAGACCUACGAGCGAUCCCACGACGGGCUUUCUUCUCAGCAAUCGCGCACUACACCGACGAUGAUAUGCACCGAGAACGACUACUGGAAUUCACGAGCGCGGACCCCGAGUUCCUCAACGACCUAUGGGACUACACGACGCGACCCCGCCGCAGCAUCCUCGAGGUGCUGCACGAGUUUGACUCGGUCCGGAUCCCCUGGCAGCACGCAGCGGCGGUACUACCCGUCUUCCGUGCGCGGCAGUUCAGCAUCGCCAGCGGCGGCGCGCUGAAGCGGUCGCCCGACGGCGGCACGCAGUUCGAGCUCCUGAUCGCCAUCGUCAAGUACCGGACGGUGAUCCGGCGGGUCCGCGAGGGCGUCUGCACGCGGUACAUAGCAGCCCUCCAGCCGGGGAGUACCCUGCAGGUACAGCUCCAGCGCGGGGGUCUCCAUUCCCCGCGGGAGCAGCUACUCCGACCGACGAUCCUGAUCGGGCCGGGCACGGGCGUCGCCCCGCUACGGUCGAUGCUGUGGGAGAAGGCGGCCUUCGCCCAGACACUCGGGGACGUAGACAACGACGAUGACAAGCCGGAGAUCGGACCAUCCGUCCUCAUCUACGGAGCCCGCAAUCGGGAAGCGGACUUUUUCUUCGAGGACGAGUGGGCCCGGUUGGCAGAGGCUUGUCAGCUGCAGGUGCUGGCGGGAUUCUCGCGCGACCAGCCGGAGAAGGUCUACGUGCAGGACCUGGUGCGGCGGAACGCCGCGCUGUGCGUGCGGUUGCUGCGCGACGGGCUGGGGUCGGUCUACGUGUGCGGGUCGUCGGGGCGGAUGCCGGAGGCGGUGCGCGAGGCGUUAAUCGAGGCGUUUCAGACGGUGGGAGCGGAGUCCGAGUCGGGGGGGCUGGAUCGCGCGCAGGCGGAGGCGUAUCUGCUGGGGAUGGAGAAGUCGGGGCGUGGUUUGCGGAUUCUGGUCCCCAUUAAGCGGGUCAUUGACUAUGCCAUCAAACCCAGAAUCAACAAAGCCCAAACCGGCGUCGAAACCGCCGGCGUCAAACACUCGCUGAACCCCUUCGACGAGCUCUCCAUCGAAGAGGCCGUCCGCCUGCGCGAACGCAAGGGACCCCUCAAGGUCGAAAACAUCCUGGCCCUGAGCGCGGGCGGGCCCAAGUGCGCGGACACGCUCCGCACGGCGAUGGCGAUGGGCGCGGACCGGGCGUUCCAGGUGGAGGCGCCCGAGAGCGGCGACGGCGGGCUGGAGCCGCUGAGCGUGGCCAAGAUGCUGAAGACGGUCGUCGAGAAGGAGAACAUCAACCUGGUGCUGCUGGGCAAGCAGGCGAUCGACGGCGACCAGGGCCAGACGGGUCAGAUGCUGGCUGGCUUGCUGAACUGGCCGCAGGCGACCCAGGCGAGCAAGGUGGACGUCAAGGAUGAUAAGGGCACGGUGGAGGUGACCCAUGAGGUGGAUGGGGGUGUGGAGACGCUGCGGAUGCAGCUGCCGCUGGUGAUUACGACUGAUUUGCGGCUGAACCAGCCGCGGUAUGCCAGUCUGCCGAACAUCAUGAAGGCGAAGAAGAAGCCGCUGGAGAAGAAGACGCUGGCGGAGUUGGGGGUGGAUGAGACGAAGCGGUUGAAGACGCUGAAGGUGACUGAACCGCCUGCGCGCCAGGGUGGCGGCAAGGUCGAUGAUGUGGACGGGCUGAUCGGCAAGCUGAAGGAGCUUGGUGCGCUGUGA